UUAAGGAAUCAACUUAGCUUAUUAAUUAGUAUACAUUUUUGUUUAUUAUUUAUCCCAAAAGUCUCUUAAAUUUCCCGACAAUACAAAGAAAUCUUUUUCGAGUUCUCUUAUCUCUAAUAAUUUCGUCAUACAUACUCCUGGUCCUGGCUCUUCUUUCCCUCUUUGAUUAGGAAUCUCAAUAAUCAGCCCAAUGGCUUCCUUUGAAAUGAACGACCGAAAGAAAAUUGGGCUAGGAUUAACCGGAUUUGGCAUAUUUUUUUCAUUUCUCGGAAUUAUCUUCUUUUUCGACAAGGGAUUUCUUGCCAUGGGAAAUAUCCUUUUCAUAUCAGGAGUGGCCUUGACUAUUGGUCUGAAGUCUACCAUGCAAUUUUUCAUGAAACGUCAAAAUUUUAAGGGAACAAUCUCGUUUGGUGUUGGCUUCUUUUUUCUUGUCAUUGGAUGGCCUAUCAUUGGCAUGGUAUUGGAGGCAUAUGGGUUUAUUGUGCUCUUUAGUGGUUUUUGGCCAACACUGGCAGUGUUUUUGCAGAGGAUACCUAUUGUUGGUUGGUUGUUCCAGCAACGAUAUAUUAGAUCGUUGUUCGACCGAUACCGGGGCAGGCGGGUGCCAGUAUAACCUCAUAUGUAUCAGAAUUUAACACACUCAUGGUUAAGAAAAGGUGAUAGAUGGUUGUUAAAUGACUUAAAUCUUUCUAACUAGGAUCCCAAAUAAGACACCAACUUCUACAAGUCAUAGGAUUAUCUGAUUUUUUUUUUCUUUUCCUUCUUUUAAACCAAAGUUCCCUUUCUUUACCAUAUCUUGCCUCUGUUGUGCAAAGCUCUUUUAUUCAAUUUGGGCAUUUUCUUCCAUUUCUUUGAAUCCCGAAACCUGCACGUACGGCAUUUAGCUAAAACAUUUUGAGUAAGAAGAAUACAACAGAAGCUUGAAAAUACGAGUUAUUCAGCUGAAAAUGGUGCAUAACAAAUAUGAGUUACUUCGAGAACAAAUUUUGUAUCAUCAAAAGCAUCACCGUUGUAUUGGCUCCUUGAAACCCCAAAACAUAACCGAAUGGGUCUGUCGUUGGGUUAGCGAAUGACCUUUUCAUAUUCUAAUUUUGGUAAUAAAUAUGUAUAUUAACUCGUGCAUGAAGAGUGCUUUAUUCGAUAAUAA